AUGUCUGCCGACCAAGCACAAGUUCCCACCUUCAAGCUCGUCCUCGUCGGUGACGGCGGCACGGGCAAGACCACUUUCGUCAAGCGCCACUUGACGGGAGAGUUCGAGAAGAAGUACAUCGCUACCCUCGGUGUCGAGGUCCACCCCCUCACCUUCCACACCAACUUUGGCACGAUCUGCUUCAACGUCUGGGACACGGCUGGCCAGGAGAAGUUCGGUGGUCUCCGCGAUGGCUACUACAUCCAGGGCCAGUGCGGCAUCAUCAUGUUCGACGUCACGUCCAAGAUCACGUACAAGAACGUCCCGAACUGGCACCGCGACCUCGAGCGCGUGUGCGAGAACAUCCCGAUCGUUCUCUGCGGCAACAAGGUCGACGUCAAGGAGCGCAAGGUCAAGACGGGCGCCGUCACGUUCCACCGCAAGAAGAACCUCCAGUACUUUGAGAUCUCGGCCAAGUCCAACUACAACUUUGAGCGACCCUUCCUGUGGCUCGCGCGCAAGCUGGUCGGCAACGCCAACCUCGAAUUCGUCGCCGCGCCCGCGCUUGCCCCGCCCGAGGUCCAGGUCGACGCCGCGCUGAUGCAGCAGUACGCGAAGGAGCUCGAGGCGGCCCAGGCAGCUCCCCUCCCCGAGGAGGACGACGCAGACCUCUAA